GAGACUGCCUGCUAAAAAUAACUGGCUCUGACUCUUUAUAGCCGGGGCCAGCCCAGCCUAGACACUCAGUCCCAGAGCUCCAGGGGAGAGUUGUAGGUACUGAGCAUUACCCACCUACCGCUGAGAAUUCAACAUGACUGAGAGACGAGUUCCCUUCACCUUUCUCCGAAGCCCCAGCUGGGAUCCCUUCAGGGACUGGUACCCAGCCGGCAGCCGCCUCUUCGACCAGUCCUUCGGGCUACCCCGCCUUCCAGAAGACUGGUGUCAAUGGCCCAGCCACACCAGCUGGCCAGGCUAUGUCCGGCUGCUGCCCAGCCCUGUGGCUGAGCAGAUUCCCGCUGCCGCUGCCGCUGGGCCCCUGGUACCCCCACCCCCUGCCAGCCAGGCCUAUAGCCGAGCACUCAGCAGGCAGCUGAGCCGAGGGAUGUCAGAGAUCCAGCACACAGCUGACCGUUGGCGGGUGACCCUUGAUGUCAACCACUUCGCCCCUGAGGAGCUGACUGUGAAGACCAAAGAUGGCGUGGUAGAGAUCACUGGCAAACAUGAGGAGAGACAAGAUGAGCAUGGAUUCAUCUCCAGAUGUUUUACCAGGAAAUAUACCCUGCCCCCUGGUGUGGAUGCCACUUUGGUUGUGUCUUCCUUGUCCCCUGAUGGGACACUGUCUGUGGAAGCCCCUCUUCCAAAGCCUGCCAUCCAGUCAGCAGAAGUCACCAUCCCGGUCACCUUUGAAUCCCGUGCUGAAAUCGGAGGUGCCGAUGCCAAGAAGCCAGAAGGGGCAGAUGCCAAGUAGAGACCCCAGACCUGAGUCCAGUGGGAGGCCCUCAUUCUCUCCUGGGAUGAUGCCUUGAAGCAUACCUGUCAGUCUGCUUGCUUUCUACCUCUACCUAUGCCACCCUGCUAUUUUAUACUGGAACAUUUACUGUGUUUCCUAAAUAAAGCUGGAAAAAAAAAACCGUAA